AAGGGCUUUCUCCACUCCAAUAGUUAUAUAUAUCUCCCCCAAAGAAGCUGGAAUAGUGGCAGUUUCAUCAUGGCACCACACACCAACUCAUCAGCCAAGCCCAAAUACCUCAAGGUCGUCUACCAAUACAUAGUCAACCAUUUCCUAACGUUGUUGCUGGUUCCGGUCACCGCCGCGGUCACCGUUCAGGUCCUCCGAUUAGGCCCCGAAGAAAUCGUAAUCUUUUGGAAUUCCUUAAUCCACACGGAUCCUCUCACAGUCUUGUGUUCUCUUUUCUUCGUCGUCUUCGUCGCCACCGUCUACUUCAUGUCUAAACCUCGUUCCAUUUAUCUCGUCGACUACGCCUGCUACAAAGCUCCGGUGAGCUUUCGGGCUCCGUUUUCCGCCUUCAUGGAACACUCUAGACUGAAUCUCAAAGACAAUCCCAAGAGUGUGGAGUUCCAAAUGCGCAUUCUUGAAAGGUCUGGCCUCGGGGAAGAAACUUGUCUCCCUCCGGCGAUUCAUUACAUUCCGCCGAAGCCCACCAUGGAUGCCGCCAGGGGCGAGGCGGAGAUGGUCAUUUUCUCCGCCAUUGAUUCUCUCAUGAAGAAAACAGGUCUCAAACCCAAAGACAUCGACAUUCUCAUAGUCAACUGCAGCUUGUUUUCUCCUACUCCAUCAUUAUCAGCUAUGGUUGUGAAUAAGUACAAGCUGAGGAGUAACAUCAAGAGCUACAAUCUCUCCGGUAUGGGGUGCAGUGCCGGAUUGAUUUCAAUCGACCUGGCACGUGACCUUCUUCAGGUCCACCCCAACUCCAACGCUUUAGUCGUCAGUACCGAGAUCAUCACUCCCAACUAUUAUCAAGGCUCGGAAAGAGCCAUGCUCCUCCCGAACUGUCUCUUCAGAAUGGGCGGGGCCGCAAUCCUACUGUCAAACAAGACUCGGGAUUCCGGCCGCGCCAAAUAUAGGCUCAUACACGUCGUCCGCAC